AUGUCCCAGCACCAUCAGACAUGCAAAUGCUCGCCCCUCCCUACCUGCUAUCAGAACCCUACCCUGUUGCCAACUAUUACGACUACGACACCACUGAUCCCUACGACCCCGCGUAUGCCGGCGUCCCGUUUGACCCAGACAAUUAUGGUCAACAACAGCUGCCCGCUCAGUCCGUCCAAGAUGUCGACACAUCAUAUUCAGUCUCGUAGGUUACUAUACCUACCACACACCACCAGACCAGACACCCUCUUGCUAACUUUGUUUCUCUGCAGCACCGUCUCGGAAAAGCAAACCUACCCUUGCCUCUCACCUGGCUGCAGCCAGAAAGCCUUCUCCCGCUCGGCCGACCUUGACCGGCACUACAAACAGGUUCACAUAGACGAGGACCAAAGGAUCAAGUAUCACUGCGACUACAAGAAGUGUCCCCGACACGAGGCGCCUUUUGGCAGGCAGGACCACUUCCGAGACCACCUCCGGGAUUUCCACAAGGAGGAUCUCCUGCGGAGGAGCAAAAAGGAGGAAUGGGAAUGGUGGGAAUCUAGGGCGCCUCGCGCGGUGUUCAACGGGUGGUGGAGAUGCAACAAGUGCCUGGUGGUGAGAGUGGACGUUGAGACGGACGGGUAUACCUGUCCUGCGUGUGGGAGCUCGUGCGAGAGCGACAGGAUGAGGGUGAGGGAGGCUGCUGCCGGGAGAGGGUAG